CAGACAGUCAGUUGUCGAUUUACGCGCGUAUAGUACACAAGUAAUAAAAUAACAAUUUAUUAUUAUCGUUAUCAUUUAAAAUAUAUAUAUACAUUUAUAUAUGCGUUUAUAUAAUUAACAAAUAAAAUUCGUAAGUGAUUUAAAUUAAACGGAUGUUACGGUGUAAUGAGUAAUUGUCACUGGGUGUGACACGUGGAAGGCAAUGUUUAAAGGAUUGUGUGACGUAAGGCUGGAUUGAAACACCCAGUGGAUUUACAAUAAAACAAUAAGAGUUUAGCUCAGCUGAGGUUUCGAAAGAUGACUGAGAGACGAGGACCCAAGGCGCUGGAGCUCUGGUGCCGAAGAAUUACCGAAGGGUAUCCUGGAGUCAACGUACAAAACAUGACGACCUCUUGGCGGGAUGGUCUGGCCUUUUGCGCGAUGAUACAUCACUUUAGACCGGACCUCAUAGAUUUCAGCAGUUUGAACAAGGACGACGUUUAUGGGAACAACGAGCUGGCCUUCAGAACAGCCGAGCAGCACUUGGGUAUUCCUGCCCUGCUGGACGCCGAGGACAUGGCCUCGUGCUCGGUACCCGAUCGACUUUCGAUCCUCACCUAUCUCUCACAGUUUUAUCAGCAAUUUGGAGGCUCGUCGCCGAGUAGAAUUGCCCGGAGCAGAACACCCGAGAGCUCGAGCCAGCAAAUUACACCUGCUGAAUCCCCAGCGUCUAAGGCAGCACCACGUCUGGGGAUGCGUCGGGAAGUAUGUGUAGUCUGCAGCAUGCCAGUGUUUCUCGCGGAAAAAUUGGUGAUAUCAAAAUCAACUUAUCACCGGACAUGCUUCAGAUGCGCGCGUUGUCACAACCAAUUGACACCGUGCAGUUACUAUGAAACAGAAGAGGGUCAGUACUGCUGCGAAACUUGUCCCGAUGAAGACACCACCGAUAUUAGUGUUAGCGAGUACGAUUCUUUGGCGCUGGGUGCAAAUGAUUCAUCAAUCGCUACAACCGCAGCUGAAUCUGAACCCCCGGAAUCUCAAGAUCAGGAAAUAAGUUAUCAUAGAUCACUGAGCGACGAAGAGAAACAGCUGAAAAAAUUGAAUGAAUCUAAAGAUCUCAAGUCGACAUCGCAGAUCGCAUCAAUGAGACUGAAUUUCAUGUCGAGCCAUUUGCUUUCAGACACCGUAGACUCGGAAUCUGAAGCUUUUGAUGGUGGCUCGAAGGACCAAGAUGUCAACGCUUCCCCAGACAUUAAAUCGAGAGAUAGUCUUGAAGAUCUUAAGACGAAUUUACAUUCCAUGACAUCAAGAACAAUAAAUGAUAAAUCUGUAAAUAAUUUAGAUGUUAGCUCUAGUGUUCAUCGUUGCCUUACUGCCACGUCCGAUAAUUUAGAUAAGGAUAUUAAUGUUGAUGUUGAUGUUAAUGUUGAUGAUAAUUUAAUUGUUAGUGAUAAGGAUAAAAAUAAAGAUGAGUUUGAAAGCCAGGAUACCAAAGAGAUGGUCGGCGUAACUGGUACGGAUGUAAGUCAGUGUCUUUCAAUUGUUCAGAAAAGGCUGAAAUUAUUCGAAGAUUUAGUUGUUAAUGUUAAUGUUAUUGCUAAUAAUAAUAAUGGAAGAGAUGAUAAAGCCGAUGGUGAUGCUGAUGCUGGUGAUAAAGACUGUGACAGCGAAACAGGUGUGUCAGGUGUAUCACGAAUGGAGCCAGACUCGCUGGAAGUAUGCCCGCGAGAUGACUUUACAAUCACCGAGCCGGUGUCGCAAGCGAUUGCUAAACCGCGAGACACGUGUGUGAGUAUUAUAAAUGCCAGCGUUGAGUCAACAGAAGUUGAAAAAAAACAAGAUGAAGAUAAAGAUGAAGAUGGAGAUGGAGAUGGAGAAGGUGAAGUGGAGACUUAUCCUGAUGAUAUGAAUCCUUUCAAGAGUGAUGAAGAGACUGACGGAAAGACCGACGAUUUCGAAAGGUCGAACAAUCCCUUCGAUAGCGACGACGCCGAGGAGGUUCCCAAACCCGCUGCCAGGACUGUCGACGCUCAGACCACUAAGAGGCUUCUGAAGGCUCCGCUAAAUCCCUUCUGGAGCGACGAAGAUCAUGAGAGCGAAGAAGAUUCCAAGCUGGAGGCCCCGAUACCGAAACCCAGGAGAAGUAAACUGGAGAGAAGCGAUUUGAGACGAGAUGAUUUCUAUGCUUCCAGCAGUUCCUUGGCCAGUUCUACCUCAACAACUCCCAGUAGUUAUUACAGGAAGCGUCGACCUGCUCCGCCGCCCCCUGAUAGAUCUGUCACCGGGACACCUGAUAAGUUUAACGACUCGGGAAUCCGGACGCCAAGGCCACGUAAGAGUAAACCGGCACCACCUCCUCCGAUGCCUACGAGCACUCCACUGUCGAUGGGAAUAGAAAAGUUGUCAUUGACAAACGACUCUCCGAUAAGUAAUAAAAUGAAUAUAAAUGCUAAUGUUAAUAACAGAUUGAUUGGUAUGGAAGAAGACGCUGAGAGAGAAAACGAGUCGUGGGAGGAUAUUAAAGUGAGUAAAAAUGAGGCCAAUAGAACAAAACAGUCGCUGUCUAGGUCAGAGAGUAAUCAAGAUUACACCAAGUUCGAUAAAAGUUGCCAGGGCAAGUGGAAACGUAAAAAAGCUCCUGCUCCUGCGCGUCCGAUACCCCAGAGACGUAAAAUAAAAGUCAUGUCGAUGAAGGACGUUAAGCUCGAGCUCGCGGAAAUAGAAAUGCAGCAGCUGGGGCUGGAGAAACAGGGCGUCAGACUCGAGCAAUUGAUUAGGAAUAAAUGUGAAAAUGAUCAGAAAGAAGACGAGGACAAUAAUGAGAGCAGCUUGAGUAUGGACGCGGACGAGCUUGUGCUUGAAUUAUUUGCGCUCGUUAAUGAGAAGAACGAGUUGUUCAGACGGCAGGCGGAGCUCAUGCUAUUGAGAAGGCAGCAUCGCCUGGAGGAAGAGCACGCGGACAUUGAAUACCAAAUACGAUGUUUGAUUUGCCAGCCCGAGGCCACUAAGACCGACUUUGAUAAGCAACGAGAGGAAGCUCUCAUUCAGAGGCUCGUCGAAAUCGUUGAGAAGCGCAGCGAAAUUGUUGAAUGCCUGGAAAUGGAUCGUCGUCGAGAAGUCGAAGAGGAUAAAAGUAUUAACAUGCACAUGGAAUUAUAUACUGCUAAAAAAGUAAAUCAAGAAGAACCAAAAACGCACAAAGGAAAAAAAAUGAAACUGAAGGAAAAAUUACAUAUUAAAGAAAAAAAUUUAUUAAAAAAAGGUCACAAGAAAGAUGCUGAUAAGGAUGUGGACGAGACUGAAGUUAAAGUUAAACGCCAAAAUAAACGAAAAUGGUUUUAAAUAAUCUCCUCUCUUACUUACACUAUUCAGAUAAACUUACAUUUUAUUAUUAUUAUAUUUCUUAUAAAAAUGCACUCGUUUUUUUUUUUUUUAUAUAAUUAUUAUGUAAAUUUUUAGUUCACAAAAUAAAAUAUUUAAAAAAAACUAUC